GUCUCAUCGGUGAACAGGAACGAAUCGCCAAUAUGUCUUCUUCAAAGGAUCCUGGCAAACAGUAUAGUUGUACCCACACAAAGUUGUUCGUUGUCACAUUCCUUUCGCAUAUAUUGAUAUUGAUAAUUGUUGCUGGCAUCUUUUCACUCUAUGCCACAACAAAUCAUCGUCUUGUGGCAGUCGAAGAUCGCUUAAGGGUACAUGAUGAAGAACUUAAGUCUUGCUGCCGUAAAGAAAUGUAUGCUAAUGUCCAAGUUCAUGACGGUAUAAAGGUCACACCAGACAAAGGAAAUAAUGGUGAGACCCAAAUCACCAACCGCGUUAAACGCUCGACUUCUAACAUUUCGCCAGAUGUAUUGGAUUCAAUUCGUAUGGAAGUACGUAAUCAAGUUUUAAACCUCACGGCCUCGCAGUUUUGUCAGGCGCCUGAUAAAAUGUGCGUUCGGGGAGCUCCUGGUUUGAGAGGUCUAAGGGGGAGAAGAGGGUCUCGAGGAAGAAGAGGUCGACCAGGUCCAAAAGGAAUGAAAGGUCUUCCUGGAAAAUAUGGUAAACAAGGAUUUCGAGGACCUCCUGGACUAAAGGGACAAAAGGGCGAUAUUGGAAAUCCAGGACCGCCAGGACUUCCUGGACCGAAAGGUGAUCGAGGGGAAAAGAUUUCUGAGCCUUCUGCACUUGUGUCGCCAUCGACACUGACAGUUACUCAAAACCAGACCGCUAUCUUUCAUUGCAAUGCCAACGGUAAUCCAAAACCAAAGAUAACAUGGAAAAAGGAAUCUGGAAAGAUUGAUAUUGGUAAAACCAGAAUAGAUAAAUCAGGAUUGCUUGAAAUCUCGAAUGUUGAUGAAAAUGAUACAGGAAACUACACGUGCACUGCAAAAAAUGUUCUCGGGGAGGACGCAAGGACAAUUUCAGUUCUUGUCCGAGUUCCUCCUAGAUUUACGGUUGUACCAGAAGAAUUCCAAACCGUUACAGAAGGAGACACUGUCAACCUGACAUGUUCAGCAUCUGGAUAUCCAACACCUGUAAUUACUUGGUCAAGACUAUUUGGUUCCUUUCCUUUACAUAGGAGUGUGCAGAGAAGUGGCAAACUGACGAUAAAAAAAUUUAGACGAAGCGACGGUGUAACUUAUCAGUGUAAGGCUGUGAAUAUCUUGGGCGAAAAGAUUGUGUAUACAACUUUGCACAUGAAACCAAAACGAGGAGGUGGAGGUGGCUUUUAUUCAUCUGGUCGCAGCAGCAAGAACUUUGGUGGAUCUAUCGGUUACGGUGGAGAAGGUGGAAAAGGAUUCUUACAGGGAGGUGUUGGAGGAAGAUCAUAUGCUAAUGAUGUUCCUGGUGGCUUUGGAGGGGGUGGAGGUCCUUAUGGAGGUGGUGGUGGAGCGGGUGGUGGUGGGGGAUAUUCAGGAGGGGCUAGUGGUGACAAUAACAAUGAUUCUUCUGGAGGAGGGGGAGGGUCAUAUAAUAGUGGAUCAGAUCAAAGCAAUACAUGCUGCUAUAACAGCCACGGUCAUGGCUAUGUUAUCAUCUCAAUAGUGUAA